AUCCAAACACCCUUGAAGAACCCUGCAAAUCACCUGGGAGCUGGGGGGAAGUCCUGAUAAGUCGAACAGCCUUGAAGAACCCUGCAAAUCACCUGGGAGCUGGGGGGAAGUCCUGAUAAGUCGAAGAUUGCGUUCUUGCAUGUCAGAUUGCAUCUUGGAACGGAGGUGAAAGCACGCAUACGAUAACAAAUGCGAUCAGGAAGCAAAGUUCGUAGGCGUCAAGCAACCUGGAAUCCUAUAAGAUGUUGCAGAGAGAACAGAGAAACACCACCUGCAUCCAAUUGAAGCAUUGCUAGCUUCCAGUAUACUUGUCCGUCCCCCUAGCCACCACGCUGUCCAUGAUGUCCUCCACCUCAGCUGAGGCCGCCACCGUCUCCGGCGACGCUGCACCGCACGUUGUCGCUGACUUCGCCGGCAUGGCUCAGCUCCUCAGCGACGGCACGUUCGUCCGUCACACGGACGCCGCCAGCGCCCUCCCUCCCGCGUCCUCCCCGUCCACCUCGUCCGCCCAGUGGAAGGACGUCGCGUACGAUCCAGACCACGACCUCAAGCUCCGCAUGUACAGGCCGGACAGUGCUGACGACGAGGCCGCCUCCGAGAAGCUCCCGGUGCUCGUCUACUUCCACGGCGGUGGGUUCUGCGUCGGCAGCUUCAGCUUGCCCAACACCCACGUGUCGUGCCUCCGCCUCGCCGGCGAGCUCCCGGCCAUCGUCCUGUCGGCCGACUACCGCCUCGCGCCCGAGAACCGCCUCCCCGCCGCUCACGACGACGCGCGGACCCUCGUGUCGUGGAUGCGCAACCAGGCCGCGUCACCCGCGGACGCUGAUCCCUGGCUCGCCGAGUCGGCCGACUUCGGCCGGGUGUUCGUCACCGGCGACUCGGCCGGCGGGAACAUCGCGCACCACGUCGCCGUCGCCGUCGGGUCAGGCAUGCUCGGCGUCAGCCCGGCGCGCGUCGCCGGGUACGUGCUGUUCUGGCCGUUCUUUGCCGGCGUCGAGAGGACGGCUUCAGAGGCGGAGUACCCGCCGGGCCCGUUCCUGACGCUGACGGUGUCCGACCAGUUCCUCCGCCUGUCCCUGCCGUCGGAAGGGGACACGAGAGACCACCCGGCGGUGAACCCGUUCGGGCCGGACAGCCCCCCGCUGGGCGGCGUCGCGCUCCCGCCGACGCUCGUCGUGGCCGCCGGGCGCGACCUGCUGCGCGACCGCGUGGCGGGCUACGCCGCGCGGCUGAGGGCGAUGGGGAAGCCGGUGGAGCUCGUCGAGUUCCAAGGAGAGCAUCACGGGUUCUUCAUCGUGGAGCCGUGGGGCGACGCCGGGGACGAGCUGAUCCGAGUGGUCAGGCGGUUUGUCUACGGCAGCACAUCGUGCAAUUAGAUCGUGAUGAAGCCUUGUUCAGUUGUUCGUCAAUCGUCAUGUUUGUGCUUUUCUUGGGAGAAUUUGGUGUGCUCUGUUUCUUCUCAUUUUUUAAAAAAAAUGAAAAUGUUCCUACCUCUGCAAAAAAGCACACAACGUUCCGGUUUUACAAACUCGCAGCUGUGCUGCUUAUGAAGGGGAAACGAGCACAUAAGAAUCAAGAAAUAAAACAAGAA